AUGUCCUCAUUUGAGACUCAAGGCCAAUCUCCGCCUCGAUGUGGUCCACAGUUCCCUUCUCUGGCACAGGAGCCUCCAGAGCUCAGCAUGUACAGUGACUGCUACUACCCUCCUCCAUCAAUGCCCAGCCCGCAGCGCACCACACCGACGUCCUACGAGCUCAGCGACUACACCACCUCUCCAAAUCCUUACCUCUGGUUCAACAACUCUGCGCCAUCGUACCUUGGAACCACAGCACCCCCAGGGAACCCUGGGCCCCCUUUUGUUCCACAGCAUUAUGGGAUGCAGAGGCCUUAUCUUGGUCCGGCUGGAGCUGGAGGUCCAGGAGGGGAGCUAAACUGGUUCUCACUGCCCUCACAAGAAGAUUUAAUGAAGUUGGUGAGACCACCAUACUCUUACUCCGCACUGAUUGCUAUGGCAAUCCAUGGGGCACCAGAUAAAAGACUAACGCUAAGUCAGAUUUAUCAGUAUGUGGCUGACAAUUUCCCCUUUUACAACAAAAGCAAAGCAGGAUGGCAAAACUCCAUACGACACAACUUGUCGCUCAAUGACUGCUUCAAAAAAGUACCAAGAGAUGAAGAUGAUCCAGGCAAGGGCAACUACUGGACUCUUGACCCUAACUGUGAGAAAAUGUUUGACAAUGGCAACUUCCGCCGCAAAAGAAAAAGAAAAUCCGACUCUCUCCCUGGAGGAGAGGGUGGCUCUGUGGCACAAGAUUCAGGUGACAGCGACCGAGGCAGCCCGAAGCACCCUGGCAGCUCAUCCCUCAGCCUGUCCCCCACACACGACCGCAUCCCCUCUCCCUCUGCUCCCACCUUGGCUCCUUGCCUCAGCAGUUUCCUGACAGAGAUGUCCGGGGUGGCCACUGCAGCAGGAGAACUCGGAGUACAGAUUGGGUACCGCAAGUGCCCCCUCCUCCCCCAGGGCUUUCUUCCUCACCCAGUCAUUCAGCACUAG